AGUGUCACUAGGUUCAAUAUAUUAUCUAGGCGACUUCACCGCGCCAAGUGUUAGUCGAUGAAAGUACCACCUGUGCGCGGGAAAAUUACUUUUCGUGCCGGCUGUACAGAGUGCAUGCCUUGUUGUCAUACCACAUCACCCAAGAGGUCUUUCUUCUAGACAGAUGACCGUAAGGAUGCACGCAAAAUUUUACUUCUUUGUUUAUGUGACCAGCGCUAUCCUUCACUACUCUCGUCCUGCUCAGGCGAGGGACUUUCCAGUGAAUACAAAGGAAUGUGGAGUGUCCGAACCAGUAGGCAGAGCUGUAAAUGGGAGGUAUAUAACACACUCCCAUGUUCCCUGGGUGGUCUUCCUUAGUAGGGUAUACCAUGGAUAUCUGCGAUAUUGUACUGGAAGCAUAAUAACAAAGAACGUCAUUGCAACAGCGGCUCACUGUGUUGAAUCAAGAGGCGACACAAUUCUAAAGAUGCACGUUUUCUACAAUACCUCGGUUCCUAAAGGAGGUACAUGCGUGACUGUGGAACGAGGGAUUAUUCACCAAAAGUAUGUAAGACCUGAACGAGGAUACGACAUUGCCCUCAUAAAGCUUGUCAAACCACUUCCGGGUUUCAGCAGAUUUGUGAGACCUGUUUGUCUCCCUCGUGCAAGCUCGAAGACCCCAGCUCGUUCGUUGCUUGUGGUUGGAUUUGGUGCUAUUGAUUUCAAUCAUACCGAAUCGAAGCACCUGCAGUACUACGCAACAAAGCCUCUAUCAAAUGAAAAGUGUGAUGUUGCUCUGAAGCACCGAGGAAUGCAUGCGACUAGUGCCCGCGUAAUCUGUGGGACAAGUAGCCACCAGAGGGCAUGGAAGGGUGAUUCCGGAGGACCGCUAACGGCUAUAUCGAAGAGCGGGAAGUCAACUCUGUAUGGAAUGGUGUCCUUUGGGUCUGGAAAAAGAAAUGCACAUGGCCCGACGGUCCAUACGCGCGUUUCCGUAUUUGUUCCCUGGAUACGGGAGUCGCUGAAAAAUAUACGGAGCUGGAAACCCGUCGUUGCCCAGCUCGCUGCAGAAGCAGACCACUCUUGCACGUGGUAAGAUCUUUGCGAUCCAAGACGUCUCGUUUAUUAAAACGUUGCUCACCGACUUCACA